AUGAAGAUGAAAUGUCGGAUCCCACGGACACUUGAUUGGGAGUUGCUAGACUCGCUAAAAAUCUCGGAAGACGUGAGGAAAUACUUGAAGGCCCUCAAUCUUGAGAAGUACGAAGCCAUGGACAAUGUGGCAUGCACGGAACUAGCGGUUGAAUUCUUUACCACAUUUGUACCACGCGACAACGGCAAGUUUUUCACUUGCCGGAUGAAAGGUAAUGAAUACAAGGUUGAUAACAAGGUGAUGCAUGAGGUAUUUGGUUUUCGCAUGUCGGGGUCUCGCAAAGUACCCGGUGAUUUUGAGGUGGACAAGCCUUGGGCCGCUCUCUCUCCAUGCGAUAAAUUCAAAGUCAAGGGCCCAUCGAAUGGGCUAAUCAAAGAUGUGGCCAUUGCGGUUGUACAUAAAUUUCUAUGCUACAAUGUUUUUGGCAAGAAAGAUUCCAACAAGGUUAGCGAGAAAGAAGUUUAUUUAUUGUGGGCAAUGUGUACAAAGAAGCCCAUAUGCAUGACUGCAUUUGUUAUGGAGACACUCCGGGGCACGAAAGUCUUUGCCACGCGCCCUCCGAGAUUGGCCAAUAUCGUCACCGGGCUCGCUAAGCACUUCAAUGUUCAAAUUGAUGAAGUGCCGCUUCAACCGAAGAAGAUUGUGUUGUGGGAUUUGGUGAAAGCGUAUCUCGUUAAGGACAGCACCACGAUCAUUGAUUUCAUACAUCGUGACUGCUACAAGGCAUAUUUGUCAGAGCUGAAGAAAUCGUCCGGAGAACGUGGUUCCUCGCAGCCACAGUCUCAUUCCGAGGACGAGGCGGAGGACGAAGAAACACAUACAAACCCGGCGGACUAUUUCCUCCCUCCAGCAGUUGACGCGGGCGCUGCGGACGCGCGAUCUCAACAAGCCCCCGUUUGGUUCGAUAAAUUCAUUGAGCAUAAUGAUAGGCGUUGGGAGGAGCACAACAAGAGGCUCGAUACCUUUAUUGAGCAUAAUGAUAGGCGUUGGGAGGAGCACACCAAGAGGCUCGAUGAACGUUGGACCCAAUGGGAGUCUCGACAAUUUGAUCAGUGGAAACAAUGGGGCGACCAGUUCCAGCAAUGGGAUGUUCGCUUGAGUUCAGGCAGCAGCCUACUCUACCCUCCACCUCCAUCUCCACCUCCACCUCCACCUCCACCUCCAUCAUCGGAUGCACAUGAUGCACAGUGA